CGCUGAGCUGUAGAUUGAGUGUUGGUCGGUGCUGUCACAUAUUAAACUCACAGACUUAACUGCUCAGUCUUCGGACUGUUAAUUGUCACCUUAGUCUCUCUUCUCCUAUUUAACGCGGUUGCACAUUGUGUGACGCGCAGCCACAGGUUGGCCGAUUAAAUCCAGUCAUCAUGGAUUAUUCCUCCCCUUCUCGCGCCGAUUGUCCCUGACUGGAGGAUGAUAAAAGAAGGCACCGUCGAUUCAUCAGCAAUGAUCGAGGGAGAUACAAACUGAUCAUUUGAAGUGAGCGAGUCUGUGGAGAGAAGACCUGUGGAGGAGCUGAGAGGAGCCGAGCAGAGGAGAUGAUGGGCUGGCCCUGACAACAUGAAAAAGAAAAAGUGCGGUGGUCAGCCAGCGAUUCAGCACAACUGAGCCGGAGAGAGAAGAGGUCGGAGGUAGGAACAGACGGCAAGGAGGGGGCCGGGAAGGCGUGUGGUUAUAUCAUACGGAAAACAGGUGUGUGGCCACAACUCUGACCAUGGAGCCUCCCCCUUCUCUGAGCUUGGCUCUUCUAGGAGGGAGCGAGGAUGAGGACCAGCGCUUCCUUCUUCCCUUAGGCAGCCUUUCCCAUCCCUCCAGCGCUGGCAACCCGCCAGGAUCAAACCACUCCAACCACAUGGGAGGUUCGAGCCUUGACCGUUUAAAUGGAAGCACCCCGUCCCCAUCCCCUACCACACCCAGCUUGCCUCCAGCAUCACUCCCCAAGUUGCCCCUGUCUUCCUCUGGAGCCCAACCCCUGCCACCACCCAUCCCAAAUGCCCUGCACCCCACCAGCACCCCACUCUCCUCCUGCCUUGGUUCACAGCACAGCCUGAGUGGAGACAACUCCCCAGUCUACAACGCCCUCUUUUAUUCCUCUCAUUCGCCCUCCAUGGAGCGGGAGAGGGACAGAGACCGUGACAGGGAGAGAAGCACCAAACACAGGCAGGCCAGUCCACUGGUUCACCGUCGGGACAGUAACCCUUUCACAGAGAUUGCCAUGAGCUCCUGCAAGUACACGGGUGGGGUCAUGAAGCCCCUGAGCCGCCUCAGCGCCUCCCGCAGAAACCUCAUUGAGUCGGAGAGCAGCAGCGAAACCAAAGAGGGUGGGGUUUCAGCUGUUACCGGAUUAACGGCUACUGGUGGACACGACAGACAGCGAGAAGCCCCACCUACUUGCUCGGUGUCCCAGUCCUCCACUAAUCAACCCCCGAUUCAGAGCCCCCCAGAGAUUGUGAUUUCAUCCAAAGAAGACUCACCGUACCCCAGAGGAGGAGGGUAUGACAUCACCGACUCCACAUCCAACCAAAUGUCCAUCUAUCACCAGAACCACGCACUAGUGGAAAGCAGGCGGGCACAAACAGGAAGGGGUAGCAGGCAGGGAGGGGUUGGUUCAGUGGGCACUGGGGUCCGAGGAAGCACCUCCAAGGCUUCCAAACGAAAGAACCAAAACAUUGGCUAUAAGCUGGGUCAUCGCAGGGCACUGUUUGAGAAGAGGAAGAGGCUGAGCGACUAUGCCCUCAUCUUUGGAAUGUUUGGCAUCGUUGUCAUGGUGAUUGAGACGGAGCUGUCGUGGGGCGUGUACACAAAGAGCUCCAUGUAUUCUCUGGCCCUGAAGUGUCUGAUCAGUUUGUCCACAGUCAUCCUGCUGGGUCUCAUCAUAGCCUACCAUGCACGUGAGGUUCAGCUGUUUGUCAUUGACAAUGGAGCAGACGACUGGCGCAUCGCCAUGACGAUGGAGAGGGUUUUGCUGAUCGCUCUGGAGCUGCUGGUGUCCGCUGUGCAUCCAGUGCCUGGGGAUUUUAAAUUUCAGUGGCGGGCACGGCUGGCCUUCUCAUACGCACCUUCGCAGGCCGAGGCUGACCUGGACAUGGUGCUGAGCGUGCCCAUGUUCCUGCGGCUCUACCUCAUUGCCAGAGUCAUGCUUCUUCACAGCAAACUCUUCACAGAUGCCUCCUCGAGGAGUAUAGGUGCCCUAAAUAAGGUCCAUUUUAACACACGGUUCGUAAUGAAAACUCUCAUGACUAUCUGCCCUGGGACGGUGCUGCUGGUCUUCAGCAUCUCUCUGUGGAUCAUCGCUGCCUGGACAGUACGAGUUUGUGAGAGAUAUCAUGAUGCCCAGGACGUGACCAGUAACUUCCUGGGGGCCAUGUGGCUUAUUUCAAUCACUUUCCUAUCCAUUGGCUAUGGAGACAUGGUACCUCACACCUACUGUGGCAAAGGAGUCUGUCUGCUCACAGGCAUCAUGGGUGCAGGCUGUACAGCUCUGGUGGUUGCCGUAGUAGCCAGGAAGCUGGAGCUGACCAAGGCUGAGAAGCAUGUACACAACUUUAUGAUGGACACACAACUCACCAAAAGGAUAAAGAACGCGGCGGCUAACGUGCUGAGGGAGACCUGGCUCAUCUACAAGCACACCAAGCUGAUGAAGAAGAUCGACCACUCCAGAGUCCGCAAACACCAGCGGAAGUUCCUCCAGGCCAUACACCAAUUGCGCAGCGUGAAAAUGGAGCAAAGGAAGCUCAGUGAUCAGGCCAACACACUAGUGGACCUCUCAAAGAUGCAGAGUGUCAUGUAUGAGCUGAUGUCAGAGCUCAACGACCGCAGCGAGGACCUGGAACGACAGAUGCUGUCCCUGGAGCACCGGGUGGAGCAGCUCACGGCAGGCUUCAACACCCUGCCCGCACACCUCUCUGCAACCCUCAGCGCCCAGCACGCCGCCCUGGUUCACCUGCUGCGAGAGAGGGAUUCGAGGGAUGGCAGAGGAGGAGGUGGAGGCGGCGCCAUGGUCCCAGUGUCCCCAGCUUCGUCUUUAACCACUGCGCCGGCUUCGAUUUCUCCGGUCCAGGUCGCACCCCCCCCACCACCCCUAGCGCAGGUCUCUACUUUGUCUUUAGAGUCCCCUAUGUCACCCCCACCCCUGAGUCCAGAGGGGAGCCUGGAGGCUAGUCCUAACCCCAACAUCUGCACCUCCAGCUGCUGAGGACAGCUCUGAGGAGCAGGACCAGACAGACAUGGGAGCAAAAUAAGGAGAGACGAGGGAGGUUGUGCUUAUCCUCUCACAUCAGACUUAAAGAGAGAAAUGAGGAAAGAGGAGAGAAACUCGUGGAGAUCCUCUGAAACCAUCGCUCCAUGGGGACGGGAUGAAGAUGGGACUGUGAGGACAACUAAUGGGAUUAAGAUGGAGGGCUAGCGUGAGGGAUGAGACGCGUUCAGGAUUUGGGGGCGCUUUUCUUGAUGAAGGAAGGAAAAGAAAAAUGGAGACAAAAUGGAGACUCUAAAAGGUGUGAGGGGGAGGAAAGAUGUCAGGAGGUUGAGAAAUGGAGGCAGAGAGAAUCAGGAAGGGGGGAAGAGAGAAGACGAGAAAUAACUAAGAAUAAUUAUAUGAACUCCUAAAUGGAAUUCACUCGACUUAGUGAGAAAGGCCUUUUAUUCUCUCUAUCUUUCUCUCCUUCUUUUCUUCUCAUUUUCCGAAUCUCUCACUCCCUUCAUCAGGAAUUAAUGACCAUGACUUUUUAUCUUUAUGAUAUAUUUUCUAUCUGAAUGCUAAUUGUGUGUUAACGAGCAUCCCUUUAACAGAAGGUUCGAUCAAUACGACCGUGAUAUAAAAAAAAUACAACGGCAAGCACCACACACACACACACAUACACACACACACACACACACACACACACACACACACACACACACACACACAUACACAGCACAAACAUAAUUACACAAUCUCUCAUAAUGCAGGCCCUAUUUACUCUCAAAACAACAUGAAUGCACUAGCCCACAUAAUAACACUAAAGCCUAUACUGCCAAGCACUUGAUGCACUGUCUAUCUCCAUGGAGCACUGCCAACCAAUGUAGACAUACUGUAAAAAAUGUUCAUCUGAAUGACUUAUCUUCUGCGAGCGUGAUAUAAUGCAGCAGUUUAGACUUACGAUUCAUAGUUGUGACAUUUUAACUGCUCAGCUGGGAAAACCAUAACCAAGCACUGAUCUACACAAAUUACAGAUGACACUGAAAAAAAGGGCAAAAGUACGUGAAUCAUCCUAGUGUCUGUUGGUGACGCUGAAGAUGGAAACGGUUGGUAAAUAAAUAAGAUAGCACAACUGCGGCCGGACUUUAUUACUGUAUUUACCGGCUCUCACGUUGAACUUACCAAUGUUUUGGUGUACUCACAGGUUUGUUGUGCUGAGAUGUCAUGCCCGACAGACGCAGAAAAUGAACUAUUAGUGGUUGUAUGUAGUGCAUUCCUGUUGAGGUGGUAGCUGGAAGAAAGAAACAAACCUUUAUUUAACUGCUGUUUGAAUCAACUGAUUCAUUUUGAAGAUGACGUGUGUGGAAAAAAUCCUGACUCGAGUUACAGUAGCUCCUUGCUCAGGCAUAAUGCUCCACAUCUGAGUCUGAUAUGAUUAUGUUUUUAAAUUUACCAUCCAGAGGCCUACCUCAGAAAAUUAACAUGACAGCAAAACUUCCUCCAGAAAUAACAAUUACCGUAUUUUCUGGACUAUAAGCCGCUACUUUUUUCAUAGGUUUUGAACCAUGCGGCUUAUACAAAGGUGCGGCUAUUCUGUGGAUUUUUCUUCCACCGCUCGGGCGCUCUAACCGGAAUUAGAAUAAAAACUAAGACAAAAUAAAUGCAAAGAAGAAUACGCUACUUCUUCUUUAGCAGAUAGAAGUAAGUAGGAGCAGAUUUCAAACAGAGAAAUAGAUAAAUAAAUACUGGUUAUUUUCUCUUGGUUCUGUCCCGUUUUAAUCAGCAAAGUUGCUGCCGUGUUAAAAGACACUGUUAGGAAAGGAUCUAUUUAGGUACAAACAUGUACAUCAUUUACAGUUCAAAAUCCUUCUGUACAUGUAGUAAAUAUCUAGGGGUGUAACAAUAUAUCGUGCCACGAAAUUUCGCGAUACAAAAACCUCACAAUACGUGUCGUGGAGGUGACAAAGUGUAUCGCGAUAUUGGGUUAUUAAUAUUAAUCUAUUGUGUUGUUGACUAGUAACGCGCAUCCGACCGCAGCCGCGGCCGCGACCGCGCGGACCAAAAUCUUCCUCCGCUCAGAAGAAACUAGUCCCGUUUUGCGGUCCCGUUUUGAGCUCUAAACUUUUACUUAUGUAAGGCUGGUGUAGAGUUAAGACUUACCUUAUUAAAUUAAACCUUUUUCGGGUGGUGAGUAGGAUAAACACGGGGAGAACUUCUGCUGAGUUGAAGUGUACUUUAAUGUCCGCUCAACAGUGUAGGAUUUUAGAACAUCAACACAGCACCUAGUGCUGUAUCACUCCGCCCAAUCUAAAACAGACUAACAACUACAGAUAAACUGACUAGUGUAAUUAUAAUCCCUGAAUUACAGAAUAUAAAGAAUAUAUUUAUAAAAUAAUGAACCCUGAAUUACCAAAAUAACCUUAACAAAAAUAAAUCUCCUCUUACACUUAUAAGGUAAGCAUGAAUCAAUCUUUUUUAUGAUGUAAAAUUGUAUGUAUUUAUUUAAUUUUAUUUAUUUAUUUAAUUUUAGUUGUAAAAUUUCUGGAAAAGAAAAAAGUAAAAUCAUACAUGAGAGAAACUAUUCAGUUUGUGGCAAAAUAUUUGUACUUGUAUGAAACUGAAGAUGCAUAAUGCAAACCUGACAUUUACUUUUAGUUCAGUUUGUGGAAAAUUGUUGGCCUGGCUUUCUCUUUAAAACUUAAACAGUUAUAAAGCAUUACAAACUGUAACAAUAGGGCAAACGCACAGCAUUGUUUUGUAUUUUGUGUCUUUCAAAUAAAAGACAAUUUUUUCCAGUCAUAUAUUCCUCAUUCAAGGUUGUUAAAAAAAUACUGCUAUAAUAUCGUAUCGUAUCGUUAUCGUGACCUCAAUAUCGUGUAUCGUACCGUAUCGUGAGAUUAGUGUAUCGUUACACCCCUAUAAAUAUCUAAUCUAACAACAUAAAUAUCUGCAGCUUGCAUAUCUUUUUUUUUAAAUAGAGCGGAUGCGGCUUAUAUACAGGUGCGGCUUGUAUAUCUUUUUUUGUUGUUUUUUUAAAAAUAGAGCGGGUGCGGCUUAUAUACAGGUGCGGCUUAUAGUCCAGAAAAUACGGUAUAUUAAAAAUUACUUCAACUUAUUCUUUCAAUUGCUGAAGUCUGUUGAGUCAGAUUGACUGAGAAGUCGUAGUAUAUUCUAUUUUUUUCUUUCGUUCUCUCAAUGAAUACAUGAUGUAAAAGUUGACUUCAUGUUGAUAAUUUCUCCCCAGACUGACUUAGCUGUGUCAUUGUAGAUGAUUUGUACGUUUUUUCCUGCAUGGCUCCGUCCAUGCAGGGACCGUCACUUUACUGCCAUUCUUUGUUCGGCUUGCAGUCCCAAAACGGCUCACUGUUAUCAUGAAUGUAUUCUGUGUAAAAGGAAAAAAACACUCAGAUACACCCCUGUUUGCUUGAUCACUUAAACUGCCAGUCAGACAUGCACAUACAUACAGAUAUAUACACACACACAGAGACACACACACACAGACACACACACCUCAACAACCAAAGUGCUCUCUCUUAAAUGGACUUCAAUAAGAGGCGGGGAACACUGCUGUCACUGGGGACAAAAGAUAGCAGGAGCAGGCGUCGCAGAUAUCUUGACAAUAUUUCUGAGGGAAUAACUGUGAAAACAAAAUGGGCAUGCACUUGUUAUAGUACAGUACAUGAACUGCUCAUGAAGGAGGUGGGCUGAGGAUGAACAUAAGGGAACACAAAUAAACCUUACAAAGGAUCAAUGGCCAUGAAGGAACAGCUGUUCAUGAAAUAAAAAAAAGAUACAGUAUAUCUGAGAGGAAUUAUAAUAAGUGUGAUGGGAAGAGACAAGCCUACCUUUGCUUUGGGAGAUAAUACCGAAAACGAUCUUAUAGCGACACGCUGUGGCCGGAAUACGGAAUUACUUGCGCUUGAAUUAUUGUACAGUAUGCUCUUAACGGAAUUUAGCUUUGUAUUGCUUAGUCUUUUCUACCAUUAUGAUUAAACGCAGUCCCAGCUGAUAUCUUACAUUAUUAAACUAUAGUAUUCUCAUUCGUCAUGAUAAUUAUGAUAUCUGUAUUAUCCAUACGUUAAAUAUUUAUGGAAAAGGAAAGUGCCGUUUGAGGUUGAAAUUAUUUUGUAAUUUUAUUUUAUCAGAGAGAAUUAAUAAAGUAUAUAUCUAUAACAUUACAGCUUCCAUGUCCUCUGAGUCGGAGUUAUUAAGUCUUCGUUUUUUUUGUUGUUUUCUUUCGUAGUGUUUUAUGUGUGGUAGCCAAACUGUGCUUCUCAGUUAAGCUAUGCCGACGUACAAAGAGGCUUUUUUGUGACUUUCAGCCACUCUUUGGCAUAUUUCCUCGUUUCUCCCACUGUGAGAGGUUCCCUCCACUGCCAUGUGGCAAGUCAUUACUGGAGGAAAGGUUUGCCAUUUUCUGUUGGCAACGAAUCUGUUUGGUCGGACAUAAGGGAAAUGUAUUAUUGGGUUGUCAUGACGAUGUUGCCGUGGACACCGCGGUUCCCAUGUGACGUCACCGACAUUGGUUUCUUUCUAGUGGAGAUGGGUAAGUAACGUUGAACGUCAGAAACGUUCAGAGAUAAUCUGUGUUCAGACUUUAGCUGGGUCACCCUAAUACUUUCACAGAGUUCUCCUGAGGAAACCCAUGCGUUGUGUAUUGUGUUGUCUUGCUGUCAUUCAGGAUUUCUUCAUGUCUUUCCACAUCAAUGUCCCAUGUUUGCAUGGAUGGUUUUAAUGGGAUGAUGCAAAAAGCCUGGUUCUGAGUUGAUGGAAAUUGUGUCAAAGUAGUUGUUUUUUUUUUUUUUCUUCUUUCACCCGUCCUGUCACCUUGUCACCUUAUUUUCCUCGUCAUGGUCUGAGAUUUGUUCAGGUGCCUUUUGUAAAUUCCCAACAGACUUGCAUACAUUUUUUUAGUGACUAAUGGCUUUUGUGUGGUUGGUUUACAAUAAAGAAUUAAGUGCUAUAAUACGUCGUGUCCUCCUAGAUCCACCUGUAUUAAAGAAUUUUCAAAUGAAUCUAUUUAAAGAUCAAACAGAAAAAAUGUGAACAUUUUGAAAUAUCAGAAAAGCUUCUCAUGUUUUUAAAGAAUCAUUAGAUCAGAGAGAAUCUAUUUCCAUCGUGUGUCCAUAAACUAUGAGUCUUCCUCUAUUUUUUUUUAUUUUCCACCUGCAGAAGAAUAAAUAAUUAAAUAAAUAGAGGACCAAUUUCACAGUUAAAUCACAGUCAUUGAGGAAAGCUGUCUAGGGGUGAUACAAGCCGCAUCCUGGAUUAGUUUUUUAAUUGAAAACAGCAUAAGAAAAAAUAAAACAUGAUUGUGACCUAGUGCUGGUGAAACUAAGAAUUUAAGUGUAGAUAAUGUCUCAGUUGUAUCAAUAAUAUAUUAGUUAUGAUCAAGUUUGUAGUUACCCUCUGGCAGCUCCUACACGAUGUGCAAACAAACAGUGAAUAUAUAGGACAUAAAGUGAUGCAAUAAUACUGUUGGUGCACAGCUACAAAUCAGGUUUGAGCAUUCAGCCAAGGCUUUAUUGGCCUGAAGGGCAGCAAGAAUGAUCUAAUUCUCUCAUGGAAAAAAAUAAGUGGAAAAAUCACACUAAUACAAAGGACCAUGUUGUGCUGAUGAUGAUGUAACAAGAGAUGUUAAAGUUGUGAAAUAA